AUGGCCAAUAUAGAUACGAGCCUCCAUUCGAGCUCUAUUUUCAGAUUGAGAAUGCUUGUACAGAGAAUUAACGAAAUUCAGUUGGACAAAUUAAGGUCUGAAUUCAGAUCCGGGCUAGACGCAUUGACAAGGUUUGUUUUUGAAAGAACAAGGCCGAAGCAAGUUGGGGCAACUAUGAUGACGGGUCCCGCACCAUAUCCUCUUCAUGGCAGAGUGUCGAAGAAGAUGGGUGUCUGA